UGUGGCACCCAGAGCCCCACUGAAAAUUCGCAUCUCGAGGAGCUUUUCAAAUCCCUCUCUCUCUCUCUCUCAAGCACUUGAGUUGAUCUGAUUUGCUUCAUCAAUGAAGAUGAAAUCCAGUGAGUGAACAAACCAGGGGAUCCCACAUACCAGUCGCUCUGUGAUCUCUCUCACAGAGAACCAAUUCAGAGCCACUUUUACUCUCUUGGUUACUUUUAGUGUGUUCUUCAUGCUUGCAGACCUUUCAUUUCGCUCAAUGUAGGUAGGUUGUGUGCAUUUUGAAGUUGGAUCCGCUGUUCCCGGAGAUCCUUCGGAGACUGAACUUUUGCCAUAUCAGGGGAAAGGAAUCGUAGAGACCUUCUUUUCCCGCUUCAAUCUUCAUGGAGAUCCACGGGGAAGGAAGGGUUAUGGACUAACGGUUUGAGGUUUUAUAUUGGUGAAACUUGGAGAGGAGUCUUACUGGUCAUGAAGGUUCAGAUGGUCUCUUCUGAUAAAUUAUGAAAAUCUUACAGUGGUCUUAGCGACAUGCCUUGAUUUGAUUACCAUAAAUUGCCUGAAGCAACAACUGCUUUGUAAGCUAAAUUUUUUGGAAAGCACGUUUCUGGUGCAUGGUUGGCACUUCAUUUUUCUUAGCGAUGAUCAGGAUGGCUAGGCAUUUCUCAUUGUGAGCUAAAUAAGUUACUUUUGAGGAGGCAGAAUAAAUGCAGGAAUAGUCAAGGUUUUCUUCCUCUUGAUUUAGCUUUUUAAGCUGUACGAAUGAAGCUUCGGUUGGAAGUAGCCCUUGCUUGGAUCAUUACCCUGCUGUGGCUUCAGUACAUUUCUUGUGAUGAACGUUCUGAUGAGUCAAGCAUCAACAAAUGGACCUGUUCAUGCGCUUCUUCUCAACAAGGAAAUCAAAGCUAUGCUAUUGGACCUAACUGCUCUGCAUCAUGUGAUUGCAGUCCUGAAGAAGCUGGUGGAGAUAGAUGGACAUGUCUUUGCGCUGCUGAAGGAUUGCCGAAAACAGCUGGUCUCCAUGAUUCCAGUUGUUUUACAGCCUGCAACUGCACAUCUGGUUUUGUUGAACCAAAACCAUCAAGGAAGCACAUUUCCAGCAAAGUCGUUGUGUACAUCCUCCUAAUGUGUGUUGUGCUCACAACUGUUACAUUUCUUGCAUCAUUGGCGUGCUAUGUGCAUAGGAGGGGAAAGUGUCGUCUUCAGCCUCCAGUAUUUUCAUCAGAUAAUUACACAAGCUGCAAUAGCGCUACCAACCUAAUUAGUCAUGGGUCUAAUUCCGUGCCUGAAUUCAAAGUUAACGUGAAUCCCCCUUUGAGUCCAUUCACAGGCUUCAUACAGAAGGCUUCUUUCAUGUUUAGAAGCAAAAGAAAAACAAUACCUGGAAAAGUUAUUCAGUUUACGUACUCAGAAUUGGAGCUGACAACCAAUAAGUUCUCUGAUGUCAAUCUGAUAGGUCUUGGGGGGAGCAGCCAUGUCUAUUGUGGUCAGCUAAAAGAUGGCACCACUGUUGCUGUUAAGCGGCUAAAAACUCAAGGGGGGGCUGAUGCAGAUUCCGUGUUUUUCACUGAAAUCGAAUUGAUAUCAAGACUUCACCAUUGUCAUGUGGUCCCUUUGCUUGGAUACUGCUCGGAAUCUCAAGGAAGACAUGCUGAGAGGCUACUGGUCUUUGAGUACAUGUCUAAUGGUAACCUAAGAGAUUGGUUGGAUGGAGUUCAAGAUAAGGAACCCUUGGACUGGGGGACUCGUGUUAGUAUUGCUUUUGGGGCUGCAAGGGGUUUGGAAUAUCUUCAUGAAGCUGCUGCUCCUAGAGUUUUGCAUAGAGAUGUCAAAUCCACCAAUAUUCUUUUGGACGAGAAGUUUAAAGCUAAAAUAACUGAUCUUGGAAUGGCAAAAUGCUUGAGGAAUGAUGACCUUCCCAGCUGUUCGAGUUCUCCUGCAAGAAUGCAAGGCACUUUUGGAUAUUUUGCACCGGAGUAUGCAAUUGUUGGAAAGGCCUCUCUUAAGUCUGACGUCUUCAGCUUUGGAGUGGUUCUUCUUGAGUUGAUCAGUGGUCGGCAGCCCAUUCAUAAAGGAUCCAAUAAAGGACAUGAAAGCCUUGUCAUAUGGGCUACCCCUCGUCUACAGGAUAGCAAACGGGUGGUAUCGGAAUUGCCUGACCCACUUUUGAGAGGGAACUUUCCCAAAGAAGAGAUGCAGAUAAUGGCUUACUUGGCGAAGGAAUGCUUGCUUUUGGAUCCUGAUUCUCGACCAACUAUGAGUGAGGUUGCUCAAAUCCUUUCCACUAUUGCACCUGAGACAUCUAGGAGACGAAAUUUCGCUGUAAACCUUUUUCAGAGCUCAUCCAAUCAAAGCACAAAAAGUUCAGUAGACAUGGAGAAGUCUAAGGAACAGGAUGCUGGUCAUGUUGAUGCAGGGAGCCUCAGAAGAAUCGCAUCUGAUAGAUGGUCUGCUCGCUGUUCAUUACCGUUGAGUUUAGACCGUACACUAUGUGUUGAGGACGGUAGGAAAGAACUGGACACAGCAACGUCGGCUGAGUGUAUAGAGAGAUUGAUCCUCUUAACUUCAAAAGCUAGAAGUUGGCGUGCCCCAGAAGAUGAAACAGUGGACUUAACUGAGCCCCGAUUUGAAUCAUUUUGUUUAGCAAGCAUGCAAUCACCAUGAAUGAAUCUAACCCUUCUUGAGGAGUAAGCCCAAAAAAGAAAAAAAUAUCCUAGUGCGAUUUCUUGCAGGUUUAUGAUGGCACUUGCUGUGACUUGAGCUUGAAAGGAAACAGGUAAGUGAAUCCGAUUUGAGAUUCCUCAUUUCUCACAAUCUGAUGAAUGGUCGAAGAGGUGUAUUUUUCUCUUUAUUUGUUUAUACUCCAUUACUGAUGUACAGAGGAAAUUGAAAAAAAAGAAAAGUAAAAGAAAGUAGUAGCUUCAAUAGCAUCCUUUUUUUUACUCUGUUUGUGCUUUAUGGCAGUCUUCUCAUCUUUUGUUUUUUGGUGAGUCUGUUGUCAUCGAACCUCGCAUCAAUAGAGCUUUUAUAGGAAGAUCAUUAAGAAAAUCUUAAAAUGAGUGAUUUAAUUUUGCUGUGUGGACGUGGGGAUUGUAUUCAUCUGUUUCUCUCUAAUGUAAGAUGGCCAUCUGGGCCUGCAUUUUAAUUGAGGUCUGAACAGAUCUGGGUUUGCUUGUAUUCUAAGUGAGAGUUCUGAUCAGAUUUGGGUAUGCUUACACAGCGGUUAAGCCUACAUGAAGUGAAGAAGUGUAGUGUAUGCAUUUACAUGCACCAACUGGAGGAGUUUCUUGCCCGUCCUACCUCUACAUCCUGUGUGGUUCAUGUUCCCAACUUGGAUACCUUUUUCUACUGGUUUGUGUGUUUGUGCAGGGUAAGACAAUAAUUGCUGCUCACAAGGUUAGAUUUUGGUCUGGACAAGUUCUGUACCAUUAGCCUCUCAAACUGUGAUGAAGUAGUGGAUGCACUUUUGCCAACCAGAGAAAACCCCAACGCUUACUCCAUAUAUUGUUAAGGCUAGAAGGGUGGGGUCAAAGAUCAAACUAGUUGUGAAGACUUAAUCAUAGGAGGCAAAGAAGGGGAACUGCAUCUAUUUUGGGUUCAGUUCUGUUGAAUCAGUUUUCUAUUCCUCCAAACUGAGAAUAUAUUAUGGGCCAAAUAAGUGGCAAAAUUUGAAUUGGAAAGUAAUCAAUUGGGAAAUUGGGAAUUGUCUUCCUACUUGGUAUUUUGUUUUUGUUGUCGAAGAAUAAGAAAAUUUACAGAAAUAGGAAGCUCUUGGGUGCCUGAGGAGGGUAGAAGUAAAUGAACAGAGUAUGAUCUUAAGGUGGAGGACUGGUGGAAGUGGACGACGCAGAAAAUUAGUCUGGUCAGAAUCGACAGGAACCUUUAGAUUUUAGACUCGGGAAGAAGAACAAAAAUUUAAUAUCAUAUUAAUUAGCUUUAAGCUGUGUUUUGAUUAGUUAUCAGCUUUAAUAAUUUAACUUUUGGAGUAAGUUGGUAAAGCCAAAAUCAGAGUUCAUUAGCUUCCAAAUAAUAACGACUUGACAGUUAACUAACUCCACCAAAAGAGUGUGUGUGUGUGAGAGAGAGAGAGAGAGAGAGAGAGAGAUCUUUUGUUUUGGUGAUCUUUCUAUUCUAACUCCUCUCGAAGCAUUGUUUUUCUGUUUCAGCAGUGUAAAAUAAAGAUAUAGCAGUACAGAAUUGACUUGGAUCACGAUUGAUUAAGAGAGGACACCCUGGCCAACCCAUUGGGUCAAGGCAUUGAAUGGUAGAUGAAGUAAGAACAGAAGAAAGGAAGAUGCAACAAACCCCACAUACCAUUUUCUUAACCAUUAAGAAUUUAAGAUCAACAUUUAUCUGCAUAUACUAAGAUCCAAAGUUCAAGAAGAAAAGAGAAUUGGCCAAAAGUACGUAGUUCCAGGUUCCUUCAAACUUUUUUUCUCCAAUUCAGUGAUGGAUCCACCUCCACCUCCAGGUCCUGAAGCACCACUUCUCCCACCAGGUCCUCCACCUCCACCACCAGAUGUUACUCUCAUGGGUUCAUGCUUGUGGUUUCUCUGCUGCUGUGGGUUGUUUACAAGCUGCUGUCCACCUCUCUUCGAGCCUGGUCCUCCACCUCCAAUGUGACACAUUUUCUUCUUACCGGAUUCAGUGUGGUGUGUGCUUCCGUGACUGUGUGUGUGUGUGUGUGUGUGUCACAGAGAGAGAGAGAGAGAGAGAGAGAGAGAGAGAGAGAGAGAGAGAGUACAGUAACAGUCCCCUCUUCAGUAAUGGUUUGUCUCUAGGUGAAAAUUUUAACUGUGUGCCUUCAUUUGUGUGUAGAGUUGGAACACCAGAUCUGGUGACUGAUUGAUUUUCCUGUUUAAUUGUCCCUUCUCCCUUUCUUUUUUUUUCCUUUUGUGUUAGUCAUGCAUCUGUGUGUGCAUGCGCCUGUGUGCAGUGAUACAGGGAAUAGGUAUGAAUGUAAAGAUGAAUCUGUCAUUAAACAUUUUACAGUCCUUCCUAUCAAGAUCUCGGUAAGGUUAAAAAAGAAACGUAUUGACAAUUUUUUGUUCUUGAA